CUGUGCUGGGAUCUUGCAGGGAGAGCUGCUGCAUCCUAGAGAUGGGAGGGGACACUGGGGACAGCCCAGUCCUCGUCGGGGCUGCGGGGGGACCCUGGGGAGCGGCUGGUGACUCCACCGCCUCUCCCGGGCAGAGCAUCCCUCGUCAGGCCAUGGCAGCCCGGCCAGCCGGGGGCCAGAAGCCCCAGAAGCCCUUCCACAUCGUCACACCCGUCCUGGAGAGCCUGUCCCUCUCCAAGGCCGCGGGCACCAAGGUCUUCAUGAAGAUGGAGAACGUCCAGCCCUCGGGAUCCUUCAAGAUCCGGGGCAUCGGGCACCUGUGCCAGGAUGCUGCCAGGAAGGGCUGCCGCCGCUUCGUCUGCUCCUCAGGAGGCAACGCGGGGCUGGCAGCGGCGUUCGCGGCCCGGGAGCUGGCCCUGCCCAUCACCGUGGUGGUGCCCAGCAGCAGCGGCCCCACCCCCGUGCGCAAACUGCAGGAGCUGGGGGCCACGGUCGAGGUCUACGGCAAGGUGUGGGAUGAAGCCAACAGCAGAGCCCAGGAGCUGGCUAAGACAGAGGGCUGGGUCAUCAUCCCCCCCUUCGAUCACCCCUUGGUGUGGGAGGGCCACGCCAGCCUGGUGCGGGAGCUGAAGGACUCUCUGGAGGACAAACCAGGGGCCAUCGUGGUGGCGGUGGGUGGCGGGGGGCUGCUGGCCGGGGUGGUGGCCGGCCUGCAGCAGGUGGGCUGGCAGGAUGUCCCCAUCAUCGCCGCCGAGACGCUGGGCGCUCACAGCUUCCACGAGGCGCUCAAGGCCGGCCGGCUCGUCACCCUGCCCGACAUCACCAGCGUGGCCACCUGCCUGGGAGCCAAGACGGUGGCGGCGCGGGCGCUGGAAUGUGCCCGGGAGUGCCAGGUGAUCUCGCAGGUGGUGCAGGACGAGGAGGCCGUGCGGGCUGUGCAGCAGUUCCUGGAUGACGAGCGGGCGCUGGUGGAGCCGGCGUGCGGGGCGCCCCUGGCCGUGCUCUACUCGGGGCGGCUGCAGCGGCUGCAGAGCGAGGGGCGGCUGCCGAGCCCGCUGCGCCCCGUGCUGCUCGUGCUCUGCGGCGGCAGCAACAUCCACACGGCCCAGCUGCGGGCCCUCCAGAGCCAGCUGGGGCUGCGGUGACGCCGGGCACGGCGUGUGGCGGAGCUCUGCUCGCUUUCCAUCCCCCAAAAACCGAAAUAAA